GCGGGCAUCAGUCGGACGUCGGGUUGGCGCUGCAAUAGCACGAUCACGCGCGCGCCGUCCGGUUUACAAUCGUGUUUUUUCGUAUUUUUAUUAUUAUUAAUUUUACCAUUCGCGUUCCGUUUCCCUACGACAACGUUUAUAAUACCGUUUAUGGCGUGUCGCGAUAAAUAUUUUAAAUCGUAUAUUAAAUUCGUUGUAGGUACCCAUAUAUAUUAUAUUUUGAUACGUUUUUGAAUCUUAUUCCUGAUGUGCCACCAAAACACCAUGACAAAAUUAUCACCGCUGUGUACACAAUAAUAUAUACUAAAUCUGUUAGACUAUUGUAGUAUAUAGGCACCGUUGUUAUUGAUCAUACGCGGCUCCCGAGACUUCCGCAACAAUGACCGAAAAGCCUAGGGUCGUAUCGGCGUGCAUGAAACGUAUCAUUCGGACCAACGGACGGGCGCAACAGAGACCUUUGAUAUCAGGCUUGGUGACGGCCACGUUGGGAGACCAUUCCGCCUGUGCCGGUGUUGGCGACGAGACGUUCAGCGGCCGGAGCGUGGCCGAAGUACGAGCCGGACACCUGUUGAUCCGGUGGAACGGGCCGGCCGGUUACUGCUGGAAGCUACUGCUCCGGUACCUAAACCUCACGGCCACCGAACACGCCACCUACGGGUUUAGUCUCGUGCGGCCCGGCUCCAAAUCGCCCAUCGUCACCGUACUGGUGGACACCGAUACAGACUACCAUCACUGGACAACAACCAUUGCGGGGCAACUUCUGAGCCAAACACCAUUGGACGAUGUUAAGUAUCUCGACAUACUCGGCAUUGUGACCGACCAUGUACCACUUCGUCGAUAUUCAUCGACAGAUUCAUUGAUGACGUCUACAUCUAAACAUAAAAAAACCAGCUUGGAUAUUCAAGAAAUAAAUAAUAAUCAUAUGCCUUUAUUUAGUUCGCGUGUGUACAAGAAGAAUGUUUCAAACUUGCCAGACUUGAUCAGAGAAUGCGAACAAUUACGUAGAUCACCUGUCAACGAGUUUUCAGACUUAAUACCAGUUAAACAGAAACGCAAGAUAUUUGAAAAAUCAGUCACUUGUUCUUCAAAAAGCGUGGAUAAUUUGCAUGAUCUUUCAUCUCACAUAACAAAUAUUAAGUCUAGGUCAAUGAACAACUUGGAUUUGGAUUUAAGAGCUGUGCCUGUGAAAGACAUUUGUAGAUAUUUCGAAAGCAGAUUCAAUAAUAAUGAAACCAAUACCAUACAAUUCAGAUCACUUUAUUAACUUAAAUAUCGUUAACAAAAGUGAGUUAUG